AAAGUAGAAUUUUGGAUCGCAAAAUUUCCCAUAAAUUUCAUCCCGAAAAAUUAAGCUCACAGUAAAAAAUGAGCGUUAAUUUUUGGCACAAUUAAUAGUAGUAAAAUUCUGAAUCACGAAAUUCCAUUGUAAAAAGUGAAAAUUACGAAGCAGAUUUGUUUGGCUUUUCAUACUACACGCCAUCAUCGCCGACACCAGUAUAAACAAAACGAUACAUCUAUCCAACACCGAUACAACAAGGAAUAAAACACUCUAAUAAACAUGACCCCUCAAAUCACAACAACGAGUGCAGUGCAAACGCAAACGGGUAGCGUUACCACGUCGAUACCCACACAAGAGUUACCGAAAUCGCCCACCAAGAGACGCACACAUAGCACACAAGAACAACUGCAACAAAUGUUUUCUGGUGGCUUGGCAGCGGCCAUAACACGCUCAACAACUCAACCAUUGGAUGUCUUGAAGAUACGCUUUCAAUUGCAAGUGGAACCACUGAGCAGCAAAGCUGGUGAUAAAUCAAAGUAUACCUCGCUCACACAGGCUGUGCGUACAAUAUUCCGUGAGGAAGGUCUGUUUGCCUUCUGGAAAGGUCAUAAUCCAGCACAAGUACUAAGUGUUGUGUAUGGCAUAACUCAAUUUUGGAGCUAUGAACAGUUGAGUUUGUUUGCCAAGCAAACUGUAUUCUUUAAAGAUCGACCGAAUUUAUCAAACUUUUUCUGCGGUGCCAUAGCAGGCGGUGCUGCAGUCAUUAUAACGACACCCUUAGAUGUGAUACGUACACGUCUAAUAGCGCAGGAUACCAGCAAAGGAUAUCGCAAUGGCACUCGCGCCGUCACAGCUAUUAUACGCAAUGAAGGGGUCACUGGCAUGUAUCGUGGUUUAUCAUCAGCCUUACUGCAGAUAACCCCACUGAUGGGCACUAAUUUUAUGUUCUACCGCUUGUUCAGUCAAUCGGCAACUAAUUUUUUCAAUGUAGACGAUCGCAGCAAAUUACCAACCUGGACGCUGCUUAUUAUGGGUGCUUCGUCGGGGAUGUUGUCGAAAACUAUAGUCUAUCCGUUUGAUUUAAUAAAAAAACGUUUACAGAUACAGGGUUUUGAAUCGAAUCGUCAGACAUUUGGGCAAAACAUACAAUGCACCGGUGUGUAUAGUUGUUUGAGUCAAACUAUUAAACAGGAAGGGGUACGUGGUCUCUAUAAGGGUGUAGCACCUACGCUACUGAAAUCAAGUUUCACAACUGCACUUUACUUUAGCAUUUACGACAAGCUCAGACAAAUCCGCUGGUCAUUUUAGCCUUAAAUUACACUUAUGAAAUAGUUUCCAGCUUUAAGCAAAUUUUAAAUUAUUUACAUAUUUGUUAGCCUAUAUUUUUUGUUAUAUAUUAUAUAUAUUGUAUAUUUUCUUAUAAAUAUAUAUAUUUUUAUAUUAUAUACAGUGCACAUUAAAUACUUACUUGUAUAUUUCGGAAAAUAUUUAUAAGUAUGGAAGAC